AUAAAGAAAAACCCAAUCAAUCCCAUUAUUAUUUUGCUCUCUCUCUCGAUUCCUCCGCCGAAUCUCGUUUUCAAAAAAAAGAAAAGAAAAAAAGACAGAUUUCUCUUCUCCGCAGAUCUUCUUCAUCUCUGCUUUUCCAAAGGCAAUUAAUCUUGAUCCUCGAUCCCUUCCGAAAUGAGCACGGGAGAGCUUCUAGGCAUUGAACCUCUAGAGCUCAAGUUCCCUUUUGAGCUGAAGAAGCAGAUCUCAUGUUCUCUUCAAUUGGCGAAUAAAACUGAUAAUUUUAUAGCUUUCAAGGUCAAAACAACUAAUCCGAAGAAGUACUGUGUUCGACCGAACACUGGAAUUGUCAUGCCUCGGUCGACAUGUGAUGUUAUAGUUACCAUGCAAGCACAAAAGGAGGCUCCUCUGGACAUGCAAUGCAGGGAUAAGUUUCUGCUCCAGAGUGUGAAAGCUCAUGAUGGUGCCACUGUGAAGGAUAUCACUGCAGAAAUGUUUAAUAAGGAGUCAGGGAAUGUGGUUGAAGAGUGCAAAUUGAGAGUGGUUUAUGUUUCUCCACCUCAACCACCAUCGCCUGUUCCAGAAGGGUCAGAAGAAGGGUCUUCCCCUAGAGGUUCUGUGUCAGAUAAUGGGAAUGGAAAUGGAAACGGUUUUGAAUUUGUUCCUGCCCCAAGAAUAUUACCUGAACCUCGAGACAUGUCUGCAGAGUUAAAAGAUCUUAUAUCAAAGCUGACCGAGGAAAAGCAUAGUGCAAUUCAACGAAACAACAAGCUUAGACAGGAAUUGGAACACUUGAGGCGUGAAGGUAGCAAAAGCCGUGGUGGCGUAUCUUUCAUCCUUGUCAUAUUCAUUGGUUUGCUUGGCAUAAUCAUGGGGUACCUCAUGAAGUAAACAUAAGCUUCUGUCCAUCCUCUUGUCAUUUUGGCAAAAUUUCCACAAUGUCUAGAGGAUCGUGUUGAAGUGAAGAGAAAUUGAUGAGCUAUGCUGGUGCUUUUAUUAGUUAGUUUUCUGAAAUUAGCAAAGACUUGUCGAGGUGAGGCGUGCAUCUGUAGCAGCUAAUCGUACACUCCUACCUGUGUUAACAUUCAUUCUUUCUGUAACUUAAUAGUGACUGUCAUCUUUUUAUUUUUUUAAUGCCGUCUUUCUCUCACCUGCUGCUCAAUUCGAGAUAUUUUGAUAAUGGGAAUACCAGAAACUGUUAAUAAUUUUACACACACCCU